AAGCUGCAGGGCGCACUGACAGUAAUUUUAUAUAGGUGUUUGUAGAUGGACUGAUUCUGAUGAGUAAGUGGGAAAAAGACACUUGUGUACCGGUACUGCUGUUCAUCCUGUUCAUUGUGGACUACUCUUUACAAGCCCAAGGAGUCACUAUAAUAAUCCCUAACCAGGUUAUCAAUGCCACAGUGGAGGAAAGUGCUUUGCUCUCUGUUGAAUACUUAUGCCAAGGGACUCCCACAAUCCAGUGGAGCGUUCUGUCAAUAUGGAAGAUCCAAAACAUCGUUGUCUGGGAACCAAAAAAACAACCGAACAUCUCGGAGUCUUAUAAAGACAGACUCUGCACAUACAGCAAUGGCUCCAUACAGAUUUUAAACCUGCGUGAAAACGACUCUGGUUACUAUGUGGUAACUGUGACAGACCAUUUUGGAACAAGCAAAGAUGCUGCCAUUUUUCUGAAAGUUGAUGUGCACAUCUAUGAGGAUUUACAUUUUGUAGCUGUUAUCCUUACAGUUCUGGUAGCCAUAUCAGGAUUUUCUAUGUUUUUAAUUUGGCUGCUGGAAAAAUGUGUGCAGAUGAUUAAGAGGAAGAGAUGGAAACAAAAAAUAAGAAAAGAAGCUGAAGAAAUAGAGCUGCAGUCUCUUUGAUCAAACUGACACACUGUUUGCGUUUUCAAAGUCAGCAAUGUUUUUUAUUCCUCCAGAAGUGCUUACAAAGACAGAUAACAUUAAUAAAGGGAUAGUAUUGUGAAAGACAAGAGCUGGAAGAGACAACACACAAGCUGAACUAAAAUAGUGGGGCAAAAAGAAGGCUGUUUAACCAUGACAGUGCACUGCAUUACAUCAUACUGAUUGAGUUCAUUUGCCUCAGAUGAGAGGAGGGAAGGGUUAUUUGUUGGACUUCAGAAAAUGACAGAAAGAGAAUGAAUUACAUGCAAUUUGAGGACAGCUAAUAUUCAUUAGUGGGUCACUUCCUGUUUCGUUUCUGAUCAAGCAUGUUUAGUUUCACACUGCUGUUUUGUAAACAUGUACACUUCGUUCCUGGUGUGGAUAUGCUGGAUGUUUACAUUCUUUAUAUAUAUAUAUAU